CAUGAAAAGGCAGAACACACGAGUAGCACUUCAACAAGGGACUAGCUGUCAGUGCUCAAAGACAUUCCCGACACUGUGUGGAAUAAUACAUCCUCUAAGAAUAGUCAACGGACAUCACUGACAGGACAGUCAAGACAAACACGACGUCUAUUUCCUUGGUACAGUAGAGUUCUACUAUUUUGGAAGUUUUGCUCUGUUUUUGAUAACUUUGGGCUUCAACAUAAAGUAGGCAACAGCGGGACUUUUGGUGCUGGAAAAGACAAACUAAAGGGCUAGCCCUACGACACUGAAGACAUCGCAGUGUCCAUCAUAUUUUCAGCCUCGCUUCUUACUGUCUGCUUUGAAUAAUGUCCACAAUAAUGGAACAGCCUUUUUAUCAUGACGACACGUUUCUCUCUGCUUAUGGUCAUUCAGGCGCUGCCCUGCACGACUACAAGCUCCUCAAGCAGAACAUGAACUUGAACUUCGCCGAGUCAUAUCGAAACCAAAACAUCAAAUCUCAACUGCGCGCAGAGAGCGAAUUCUAUCCGGCUGGGAACGCAGACGUUGGGUCGCUCAAACUUGCCUCUCCGGAACUGGAGCGACUGAUCAUCCAAAACAGCAACGGGGUCAUCACUACAACACCAACUCCUGGCCAGUAUUUCUACAGUAGGGGAAUCACAGAGGAGCAAGAGGGCUUCGCUGACGGUUUCGUCAAAGCACUGGACGACCUCCACAAGAUGAACCAGAUGCCACCGCCAAACGUGUCCAUCGGAAACGGCGGGGCGUCCACAUGCCCGGUGGCCUCCUCGGUCUUUGGGUCAUCCAUGCAGCCGGAGCACCUUGAGUACACCACCCUAAACAGCUGCACUCCGAACACUAACUUGACCUCCGCAUCCAGCUACCCCUCCGCCACCAUCAGCUACCUGCCCCAUCAGUACCAGCACCACCAAGCCGCUGCACACGCCUCCCACCACUUCCAGCACCCUUUGUCCGGAGCAAGUCUGCACACACAGCGCUUUGGCGGAAUGAAAGAGGAGCCACAGACCGUUCCUGAUAUGCAGAGCAGCGAUGGUUCCCCACCCAUGUCACCAAUCAACAUGGAGAACCAGGAGCGUAUCAAGGCUGAGCGUAAGAGGCUGAGGAACCGGCUAGCUGCGACCAAGUGCCGGCGGCGCAAGCUGGAGCGCAUCUCACGUCUUGAAGACAAGGUGAAAGGGCUCAAGACGGACAAUGCAGGGCUAUCGAACACCGCUUCAGUCCUGCGCGAGCAGGUGGCCCAACUCAAACAAAAAGUAAUGACACAUGUCAACAGCGGCUGUCAACUGAUGAUUACGUCCAAGAUCAAGUCUUAUUAAUGACAAUGGACAAUUAACACUGGAAAAGGGGGGAGAGGGGUGGGGGGGGGGGGAAGAAAGAAACAUCUACAGCACUGGGACAGAAAUCAUUAGGCUAUCAAUGUAGACUAACAUCUAAGUGUUUUCAUGUUGAAAAUAUGAGUUUUGUUAUCUUUGCAUUGGGGAAUGAGAUUGGUUAUGGUUUCCUUUCCAUAAAUAGUAGAAACCAUGAAAACCAUAAGAACACUCGGUACAUUUUUAUUAGUUGAAGUGUCAUCUCGUUGGCUUUGCCUGUUUACAAUUUUACUUUGACAAUUGUCAACCGUGAUACAUUCCAUUGUAAGUUAUUUUGUGUGUCAGGUUGAUCCUGAUCAUGUCUUUUUGUACUUGUACAGUAUAUAUAUUAUAUAUAUAUUAAGUAAAUACGUUUAAAUAUA